AUGAGGCUCCUGCUCCUGACUCUUGCUGCCCUUGUGUUCCUACCACAAGUGACCCCAGCCUUUGGUGGAAAAAAAUGCUGGCAAAGAAUGGGGUACUGCAGGAGAUACUGUAAAGUCGAUGAAGAGGUAAAAUCGGCAUGUAAAAACCAUCGAGUUUGCUGUGUUCCCGUGGAGAAAGGCCGCAAGCCAGUGGGCCGUGGCAAGGAAGUGCCCAGGACGUCUUCCACGCAAGCAAGUCAUCUUCAAGCAAGUCCUAUGGAUAUCGUUAUAAUGAUACCAUCCAGCUCUUCCGAGUUGGAAGUGGUCCUCUGGGAAGCAGAAAACGAGCAGUCUGACCAGGUGCUGGAAACUGACAUGUCUCUCCCAGAAGUUCACCAAAGCUCAUGA